AUGGCAGCAGCCAGGAGUCCUCCAAUGACAGGUUGCGAAUCAUUCACUUGCGGUAACCUCGACUUCCAGUUCCCAUUCUUCGCAACAAACAUGCCAUCUCGAUGCGGUCUGUUUAUGAUGAAUUGUGAUCAAGAGAUUCCAGAGAUACAGCUUGAGGAAAACGGUAAAUGGUAUGAAUUCAAGAGUAUCUCUCAAGCCGAAACCUUAACCAUCACGGACCCAAGGCUUAACCAAAGCUUGGUAACCGGAUCCUGCAGUGACUUGUCAAGCUUCUCUCUUCCAGAUUCCCCGUGGUUCGGGUUUAGCACUUUGUACAAAUGCAACACCGGUAGGGAGAAUGGUUUCACUUAUGAGAACUGCAGAGGAGGAAGCAACAACGUGUACUACUCCGAUUUGGGAGAUGAUUCAGGGUGUUUAGCUAUCAACGUUCCACAGACCUGGUUGAUUCCAACUAUCGGUAGCCAGCCUUAUGUAAGUGCUACAUUUUCUCUUCCUAUAGAGCUGCCUCGAGGCUGCUUUGCCUGCUACAACCGAGGAGGAGAAUGUAAGAUGAUCAACAACAAGUUUUGCUGCGUUGGAGGAACCAAAGGUAUGGACACAAUAAAACUUAUUCAUUACUUCUGCAACUCUGCUUGCAAAACAUUUGGAUAUGACAAUAAUUCGAUUUGCCGCUGCUAUUUUGCAGACGUCGACCAAGAGAAGAAGAUAAAGCUAGGACUAGGAUUAGGAGGCUCAGCUGGAUUAACUGUGAUGAUCAUUAUUUUGGUACUCGCAAUAAUAAUGAGAGCAAAGAAUGCGAGAAAAAGUGAUUGGAAUGGUAAGAACGUCGAAGCGAUUGUAAUGCUGAAACGAUACAGUUACGCAAAAGUCAAGAAGAUGACAAACUCAUUCACGCAUGUUCUCGGGAAAGGAGGAUUUGGAAUUGUAUACAAAGGAAAGUUACCUGAUGGAGGCCUAGAUAUCGCCGUGAAGAUCUUGAAGGAGGCAAAUGGAAAUGGAGAAGAUUUCAUCAACGAAGUAGCUAGCAUGAGUAGAACAUCUCAUGUAAAUAUUGUUCCGCUGCUUGGAUUCUGUUACGAAGGGAACAAGAGAGCUAUAAUAUAUGAGUUCAUGCCGAAUGGAUCCCUCCACGAGUUUAUAUCCAAUAAUAUGUCAAUGAAGAUGGAAUGGGAGAGGUUAUAUGACAUUGCGGUAGGUGUCUCUCGCGGCCUAGAGUAUUUGCACAAUCGUUGUGUGACGAGGAUUGUGCAUUUCGAUAUAAAGCCGCAAAACAUACUCAUGGACAAAGAUUUUUGUCCCAAGAUUGCAGAUUUCGGUCUUGCUAAACUCUGGAAAAACAAAGAGAGCAUCAUGUCAAUGCUAGACGCGAGAGGGACGGUAGGAUACAUUGCCCCUGAAGUGUUUUUCAAGAAUUUUGGAGUUUCGCACAAGUCAGAUGUGUAUAGUUAUGGGAUGGUGGUUCUUGAGAUGAUUGGAGCAAAGAAUAUAAAAAAAGUUGAACAUUCUGAAUCCAACAAUAGUUCAAUGUACUUUCCAGAUUGGAUCUAUAAGGAUUUUGAAAGGGGAGAGAUUAUGACGAUCUUCGGAGAUCAGAUAACCAAAGAAGAAGAGAAAAUUGCGAAGAAAAUGGUAUUGGUUGGUCUGUGGUGUAUUCAGACUAAUCCAUCUGACCGUCCACCAAUGAUCAAAGUCAUUGAAAUGUUAGAGGGGAAUCUAGAUGCUCUCCAGGUUCCACCUAAACCUCUCUUGUGUUUACCCAUGGCAACAGUUCCAGAAACUAUUGAAGACAGUCUUGAUCAUGAGACUUCAAGCUUCUCUAACCCAAGUCAGUUUGCAAGACCUACUCUCUCGGCUUGUGAAGAUAAUUUACGUUUGUCCAAAGAAGUGUUUCAACCAACUGUUGAAGCGAGUCAACAUAGUUCAAGGUGUUGA